GUGGAGGAAUUUCCAGUCUGAGUGAGGAUAAAAGCAUGCAGGCCAGCACAGGUAGGCAAUACAACACUGACAGAUCAGCUGCUGGGAUCAUAAACACAAUAACAGAGCUUCAGCUAAACUUCUCCUCGCUUUACAAGGUAAUCUGACUCUUCAUUUAAAUGUUUCUUUUGUCUUAAGUCAGAGCAGAUCUGAAAAAGAGGAUCUUCGCGUUUCUUUUUGCUGCUCUUCAGUUUAGUUUGAUCUGGUUACAGUUUUCACUUUUAUGACUCUUAACUGCUUCAUUUUUUGAAGUAAUAUGCUGUCGGAUCUGUCUUUUUAGAGUAACUGCUUUUAAAAGGGUGUCAGUGUCAGGUUUUAUGGGGAUAUAAAUCACUGCAGUUAACAGAGGGUAUAAACUGGUAAAUAAUGUACUUGUACUGUGAAGAUUUUUAACUGGAUACAAAACAGACUGAGAUUAACGCUGAUGCCUCUUUGUGUUAUAUGAAAGCAAACAAGACCAUUAGAGACAAGAGUGAUCACUUCUCUGGUGGUAUAUUUUUAAAGUCUGUCACUGGUGCUGCAUGGUGGGUGUCAGAAGACUGACAGGCUUGUACUCACCUUUCAAAAUGCCUUCAGCUGUAUCACUUCACAGGAGCUUUAAGGAUUAAAAUAUUAAAAUCAAAACUUCAUCGACACAGAUUUGUUUCCAUGUCUGUUUUUGUGAUAUGAUGGACUAAUUACUUUUUGUCUUCCUGCAGAUCUCUCUUGAUUCAGAAAAAACAAAAAUGGACUCCAAGAUGCAGUACAACAUGAGUGAGAAAUGGGCCCCCAGGAUGCCUAAAGGGGUGGACUUGGAGAUUACCCAUCACCCUCUGAAGAUGAAGGACGUGGUCAACCUCAUUGUCGCCAUGGAGAGGCUGAAGGGCGGCGUGUCUGAGUCGCUGCGGAGCACCGAGUUCAGAGACGAAAACCUGCUGGACAUAAUGCUGGAGAGCAUCGUGGAAGGUAAACCCACACAAGUGGCUUCAGGAACCAAACUUGAUGUAGUUUAAAGUCUGUGUUAAAAGAAAUGUUGAAACACUCCUAAAAGUCUAAGUGGAUCUUUACACAAAGAGAAAUUACUCCUUGAGGAAUCCUUCACUUUUACAAACCAGCAGAUAAAAACUAAAAGGGAAUAAACAGUUAACAUGCUUUUGUUCUAUGUUGAUUUUUCUGUGGCUUGAGAUCAGCCCAACCCAGUAACACUCAGGUCUUUCCACUCACACACUUUUCUUGCUCUUACUUGGCCUGAUCAGAGUUUAUCUUCUGUCAGACUUAGUUUAUAGUUUGUUAAACAUGACUUUUUCUGCUUUAUAAACCCCCAAAUUACUCCGGGUAGUGCUCAGAUGUCAGCCUCUUGAGCCUGAUUUCGCAUGAAGAGAUCAGGUUUAUCACAUUUUUCAAUUCCUGUUGUUUCUCAGUAAAAGAAAAUCAACAGUGUAAUUAAUCGUGUGUUCUAAUUUCUGCCUUCCAGAGCGAGUUGUGUUUGAGUGUGAAUCAGCUCCACCACUUCAGUUCAGCAGGACAGGCGUGCACCAGUGCAGCGUGACCGACAGCGAGCAGAGAAGCUUAGUACUGGUUCGAAACAGCAUGGAGCUCCAUGCAGUGAUGCUGCAGGGAGGUGCAGACAAACGCAAAGGUAACUGCGUGGCACAGUCAAGCCGAAUGGUUUUAAAUGAAUCUUUUUGUGGAUUUAGUGCAGCGGAGGUUAUAUACUGUACUCAUAUUCUCUGUUAUCUCCACAGUUCACCUGAACAUGUCUACCUAUGUGCACCCUGCACCCACCACUGCAGCCAGAACUGUGGCCCUGGGUAUCAAGGACACAAAUUUGUACAUGUCCUGUCAUAAGGACGGUGAUGAAGUGACUUUGCAUCUGGAGGUAAAACUCUUACAACAUCAGAUUUUCAGAUCAUGAUAACAAUAAUAUUACAAUAUUUAUGACAAACUUAAAAAUUAAACAAAAUCAGUCAAAUUGGGGAAAAGAUUUAGCCAACGACAUCAGUUACACAUGCUGCUAUUUACAGCAGCAGCAUCUCAAAACAGCAGCCUGAUGAGUCUUCUGACAUUGUUAUUUUUACUCCACAGGAGAUUGAGGAUAAGGACAGCCUGCUGCGCAUCGGAUCGGACAGCAACAUGGUGCGUUUCCUCUUCUACAAGCAGGACAGCGGGCUGAACAUCAGCACCCUGGUGUCUGUCGCCUACAGUGACUGGUUUAUCAGCACAGCAACAGACAACAACAAGCCGGUGGAAAUGUGCCUGGAGAGCGCCCAGCGCCACAGACACUUCAAGAUCCAGCGUCAGAGUUAGAACCUGCCACAGUUACCCAAAGUGAAAUGCUGGUUGAGUUUGACCCUCAUAGGAUCAGAAGUUGGGCGUUAAACUUAUGCUUGUCCUGCUAAUGAACACAAAACCAGCUAAUGUGACAUGUUUUUAUUCAAAGGCAAGUGUCUCAUUAGAAAGUCUUUUUACUGUAUGUACCGAGUACAGAAAAUGAAAUACUUAGUGUAUUGACUUUAUUAAGUUUCUCCACAAAGUGGUAUUGUUGUGCUUUCUAAUGAGCACCCUUUAUAUUUAUUGUGAAAAAAUGACAUGACACAUUGUUUUUGUUAAUGCUUUAUUAUUUAUCUAUUUAUGCAAAAUUUAUACUAAUAUAUUUAUGUGCAAUUCUGCUCACUAACAAAUAUUUAAAUAUUUUAAGAUGAAUCUUAAAUAAAAAUUUUAAAGUAAUUCAAA